AUGGAUACUGCCUCAUACGCUUACCACCCUGACUUCGCGUCAUCGCCCCCACAUCCUCUUAUAUAUGCUUCAUUAGUUCCCUGGCACUCCAGUAAGGGCCUACUGCGUCUCGACCUUCACAAGCCCAAAUCCACGUAUUCCAUUGGACGUGCGCCCUCGAACGAUUUCACCUUCGAGAAUCGUAAAAUCAGUUGGAUAUUUGGCUCUCUCACUUGGGAUGGCGGACACGAGAUACAUCUCACUCUGGACAAGUCAGCAGUAUCAACUGUUUGGGUAAACUACAAACUGCUGAAACCGGGGCACUCGAUCCUUCUCAAGGAGGGAGACCAGAUACGAAUCGGAAGCGUGGAACACCGGCGAGAAAAGGACGCGUUCUUCAGCCGUGACCUUGUCUACGUAUUUCACCAGUUCACAUCUACCUAUCCAGCUACGUUGUCGUCCCAACAUCUGGAAACUAGGAAACGACUGGAUGAACUUGAACAAGAACGUGCCCGGAUACUACGGAGCCUGCCCGAUGUUCCUGCCGUACCGAGAUACGACUUCUUUCGUGACUACAACGAGAUGCGCAGCUUGAACAAGGAAACAAGCAGUUGGCCUGACGAUCCCAAGAUUGAUCAACCCGACUGUCACAAGCGUGUCAACGAGUACUUCGGCACCCUCAGGGUCAAUCCACCACCGCCCAUCCGCACGCGGGCUGAUGUCAGAACCCUGUCGUUCGGCUAUGAUGGAGAGUCCGUGCACGGUAUCGACUGGAAUGACCCCGAUCUGGUCUGGAAAGGCCACAUCUAUCUGGAUCGCUCGCGCCCGCUGACGAUACCCGUUUCGAUCAUACACUGGUCGAAUGUGCAUCGCCUACCGGUGUAUCUUCAUCCCGAAUUCAAUCCAGCGUUGACUGCGACAACCGCGUACCCUCACGCAGCCUUCUCUGCCAAUUUCUCCGACGAAUCGGCGGCGCCCGAGCUUGUCAAAGAGUACCCGACAUCCGACGAGCUACCGGAACUCCUCCAGAAGUAUCUCAAGAAGAGGGCUAGAGGGCAUGAAGACACUGCUAUUGAUACGACGCCCAGCCCUUCCUCACCACUCGAGCCAACCAUCACGCGUUCCCCUUCCACCACUUCACAUUCGAAGCGGCGGCGGCUUCAGGAGGGCUUCGAAGACGCUAUUAAAGACGAGACGGCGAAUCACUCUCCUUUGCCCGCAGAUGCCGCGCAACCCGUGUCUGCGCCGCUUUCGCUAUCCUCGAAGGGUCUGCCGACUGAGUGUCUACGCCAAGCGCUAAGCAGGGCUUGUUGCAAGGACAACACUAGGUGUACUUGA